UCUCUCCCCCCUUCUGAUUUCCAGUUUCUAAAGUGCCAUGCGUGUGAGAGAGGCACCCGCAGCUCAGACGGUGAAACAUCAUUUAGCUGGAAAACAGCUCCCGGGGCCCCUCUCCUCUCUGGUCCGUGUGUGAGGGGAGAAGCUGCUGCCGUCCCUGCAGAGAAGGCCUGAGAUUCCAGCCGUGGGGAAGUGCAGGAGCCUGGAAGACCUGGGCCCUCCGAGGCUGAGGCUGCUGGAGCUGGAGGGAGGGACGGCGGCUUGGGGCCCCGCAUCAGCAAGACGGGUGGUCACGGGUGGCGAGAGGAAGGGGCGGGAAGGCGGCCAGCGUCAGGUUGGCCGGGACGAGCCCCCUCCUCAUGGCCUCCAAGCCGGCUGCCGGGAGGAGCCCCGGGGAGAAGCGCAAGCGGGUGGUGCUGACCCUGAAGGAGAAGAUGGACAUCUGCCGGCGCCUAGAGGAGGGCGAGAGCAGGCGGGCGCUGAUGCAGGAGUACAAUGUGGGCAUGUCCACGCUGUACGACAUCCGGGCCCACAAGGCCCAGCUGCUCCGCUUCUUCGCCAGCUCGGACUCGGACAAGGCCCUGGCGCACCGGCGCACGCUGCACACGCCCAAGCUUGAGCACCUGGACCGCGUGCUGUACGAGUGGUUCCUGGUGAAGCGUGCCGAGGGCGUGCCUGUCUCGGGCCCCAUGCUCAUCGAGAAGGCCAAGGACUUCUACGAGCAGAUGCAGCUGACCGAGCCCUGCGUGUUUUCUGGCGGGUGGCUCUGGCGUUUUAAGGCCAGACAUGGCAUCAAGAAGCUGGAUGCAUCCAGCGAGAAGCAGGCGGCCGACCACCAGGCAGCCGAGCAGUUCUGUGGCUUCUUCCGGAGCUUGACUGCCGAGCACGGUCUGUCCCCCGAGCAGGUGUACAAUGCCGACGAGACCGGCCUUUUCUGGCGCUGCCUGCCCGGUCCUGGCAUGGAGGGUGGAGCGGGGCCCGGCCUCAGGCAGAACAAGGACAGGCUGACCGUCCUCAUGUGCGCCAACGCCACGGGCUCCCACAGGAUCAAGCCCUUGGUGGUGGGGAAGUGCAGCGGCCCCAGGGCCUUCAAGGGCAUCCAGCAUCUGCCCGCAGCGUACAAGGCCCAGGGCAAUGCCUGGGUGGACAAGGAGAUUUUCUCUGAUUGGUUCCAUCACAUCUUUGUCCCCGCGGUGAAGGAGCAUUUCCGAUCCCUGGCUUUGCCUGAAGACAGCAAAGCCAUCCUCCUGCUGGACAGCUCCCGGGCCCACCCGCGGGAGUCCGAGCUGGUGUCAGAGAACGUUUUCACCAUCUUCCUGCCCGCCGGCGUCACCUCCCUGAUUCAGCCCAUGGACCAGGGCAUCCGGAGGGAUUUCAUG